AUGAAGCCUGUACACUCUCCACUGGACCCCAAUUGCAAAUUGACUGCUGAAUUUGGCGAGCUCCUUCCUGAUCCUACCAUUUAUCGACAUCUUGUUGGGAAACUCAACUAUUUGACUCAUACUCGACCGGAUCUUUCGUUUGCUGUCCAACAUUUAAGUCAAUAUAUGCAGCAGCCUCGGCGUCCUCAUUUUGAAUCAGCUAUACACUGCCUGCGAUACCUUUUAUCGACGCCAAGUUUUGGUCUUUUCCUUAAUUCAGACCCAUCUCUGCAACUCCUUGCCUUUUGUGAUUGCCGUGAUUCACGCCAUUCAGUUAGUGGGUUCUUUAUCAGCUUAAGAGGAUCUCUAAUUUCUUGGAAAUCCAAGAAACAACCCCCCAUGUCUCUCUCAUCUGCUGAAGUAGAGUACCGCUCAAUGUGUCGUGUCGUUGCCGAUAUCACUUGGCUGGUUCGUCUCCUCUCAGAUCUGACUGUCAAACCGUCGCUUCCUGUCUCGCUUCAUUCGGAUAGCAAAGCCGCUAUUCAUAUUGCAAAAAAUCCGGUAUUUCAUGAACGGACGAAACAUGUUGACUUGGAUUGUCACUUCGUCCGUCAACAGUUUCUGGCCGGCCUCAUCUCUCUUUCCUUCAUUCCCUCAUCAUCUUAG